GAUUACAUACAACGAAUUAUAUAUAAUUUUGCUUUAGUCAAUUCUGCCGGUUGAAUUAAUCGGCGAUUAAAUUAAUCAAGGUGACUUCGACUAAACUCCGAUUAACUUAUCAAGUAUUUUGUUAACAUGGAAUUAUUAAUUUCCUGUUGAACAGACCGAAAGCAAGAUUAGAUUAGGGAACGAUGAAUUGCGUAAUUUCACUUUAGGCAAUUCUGCCGCGGUUGAAUUAAUCUCGUCGGAGAUUAAUCCUUCGGAAUUAAAGCUAGUCGGAGUUUGGGCGAAAUCGCUCUUAAGAUUCGGAGCAUCGCUGUUUACAGUUGCGAUAAAACAUCGUUGAUAUUGCCGUGAGUAAAAAUCCGGUAUGCUUUCGUUAUACGAGAGUUUUCAUUAUGACGCAGGAAUACAUGCGCAAUUCGCGUGAGAUUCACGCACACAUUUGUUGCUUGUUUUACGUCCGCCGCUCCGCGCAUGCACCCGUCCGGGGUGUCGGUGGACAUGACAGGUGCUCGUCUGCUCCUCGACGAAGUUACAAUUCGAUCAAGAACAACACCCCGAGGACGGGUCCUUCAAUCGAUCGAUUUGACUUGACUUUAUCGCGUGAGUGAUAAAGCCUCAGGCUCCUCCUACUUGCUGGAAAACCAGGAAUACCGUGAAUGAAAGUAUGAAUGCGCCGGAGGCAGAGGUGGAGAACCUCAAGCAGCAGGGAAACGCGUAUGUUAGGGAGAAAAAAUAUCAGAAGGCGAUGCUUCAUUACUCGCAUGCCAUCAAACUAGAUCCAAAGAAUUAUUCUCUCUACAGCAACAGAUCCUUCACCUUCUUGAUGAUGGAACGGUAUCGUGACGCCCUGAACGAUGCUCUGAUGACCAUUCAAUUGAAGCCCGACUGGUCCAAAGGUUACUUUAGGAAGGGCGAGGUCGAACUGAAACUAUCAUCUUACAACGAAGCGCUUGAAUCUUACAACAAAGCUCUAGUCUUGCAGCCAAACGAGCCUAAGAUUAUAGAGGCGAUGAACAAGGCGUCCAGGUCGUUGAUUAAAGACAGAAGAGCUGACCAACAGAUCCCAUGGCUAGGAGCUGGCGUUGGUAUUAUAUUAGGAGUCACAGUCGUGAUCGCCGACUAUGUUUUUACAAACAAGCCCACCCUAACGCAUCCUCUCUUGAUGGCGUUGUUAACGAUAUCGAUAGCUAUGAUUGGUUUCGGCAUCGCAAAGGGACUUCGUUACUUCCUAAAACACCAAAGAAAGUCAACCCUGAUAGGACAGGGUUUUCCUCACUGUUCGCAUCAAGUCAAUGAAUUGGAUGAUAUCUAUGUAAAAGAAGGCACCGAUACGAAGAAAAAAGUACGAAGAGAGAGAGAAAGAGACACGGAGUGCGAGAUAGAGAACGAACGAGUAGGCCAGCGAGACGAUCACGAUGCACGGAGGCGAGCACAAGCGGCCAGGGGCACAGGGCUGAGGGCUGAGGGCUCGACGGGGCCGCGAAUUACGUUCACGGGCCGGCCGCGGCGCAGCCAGCGAGCGAUGGAGCAGCCGAAGACCCCGGCGUCCCGGCUAUUCAACACGAGCUGCAUCGAGAACAAGGACGAGCUGGAAGAGAAAUUGGAGAGAUGCCACUCGACGUUGCAAAAUCUGACGACGGGACUGUCGGAGAAGGAGAUCCACGACACGUUAAACAAUGCUGUGUGCAAGGACAAGACGCACGAGGAGGUCUCCCUAGGUUUACUAGUGGUGAUCUUGACAGAUCCGCAGAAUGCCGCAAAAAGUUACAGAGACUUGACACUGAUCACACGAGAUGGCUUAGCCAUUGUGCUGCUUCAUCUCAAUCAAUUAGUACUAGAUAAAUAUUUGAGAUUAAAUGACGUCACCAGGAGCCAGUUACUGUGGUUGCUAAGGGAAAUGAUACGGACUAGUGUGACUAAUGUGGAUAAUCUUUGUUUGAGUUUGUUGAGGCAUGCGGCGGGCGGGGAUAUUUCCCCGAGGAACUUAUUCCUAGUUGACGCCCUCUUAGACAUUUUUCAAGAAAAUCGACCGUGGUUGGACAAAUUUCCUUUUUUAGUAGCAUCAAUUGUGUACAUGUAUUUACGAUUAAUAGAAGACCACAAUGCACCUCAUUUGGCUGGUUUACGGCAAAAGGAAGUGACCUUCACCGUAGCUCUGAUAAGGGAACGAAUGGCAGACUGCCUGGCCAUUGGAAGAGAUUUGGUUCGUUUACUGCAGAACGUUGCGAGAAUACCGGAAUUUGAAGCACUCUGGAAGGAUAUACUACUCAAUCCAAAAAACCUCUGCCCAAAUUUUAAUGGUGUCCUUCAGCUGUUGCAAACCAGAACCUCCAGAAGGUUUCUACAGUCGCGUUUGACGCCAGAAAUGGAGAGAAAACUCGUGUUCCUGACGAGCAACGUCCGUUUCGGCAAUCACAAGCGAUAUCAGGAAUGGUUUCAGAGUAAAUACUUGGCAACACCCGAAUCUCAGUCGUUAAGGUGCGAUCUUAUUCGCUUCAUCGUUGGAGUCAUACACCCUACGAACGAACUGCUGUGCUCCGACAUUAUUCCGCGAUGGGCAGUAAUAGGCUGGUUAUUCACAACGUGCACUUCCACCGUGGCUGCCAGCAACGCAAAGCUGGCUCUGUUCUACGAUUGGCUGUUCUUCGAACCUGACAAAGAUAACAUUAUGAACAUUGAGCCAGCGAUUCUUGUUAUGCACAAUUCGAUGAGGUCUCAUCCUCCUGUCACUGCCACACUUCUAGACUUUUUAUGCAGAAUAAUACCAAACUUUUAUCCCGCGCUAACGGACAAAGUGAGAAAUGGCAUAUUUUCAUCGUUGCGACAAAUUUUGGAAAAACGCGUUUUGCCUAGCCUGUAUCCGUUGUUUGAUAGCCCGAAGCUAGAUCGAGAAUUGAGAAGCAAGAUACGGGAAACUUUUCAAGAAUUUUGUCUGCCUCCAAACAUAGAUCCUGGUAAUAUUAUUAUUAAUGUAUAGACAGUACUUGUAGUCCGAUCUUAUAUUGCAACUAGAAAGGACGUAUGAUAGAAGGGACAAUAAAUCGAUCUUAUAUUCAUGAUCAUCUUAAAUCUAGUCGUUACGGCCUUAAGGCCGGUAUUCAUAGUCAUAUCUUAUAUUUAAGGUACAAUCUUAAGAU